AUGCGGAUCAACAAUCAGAGCUCACUAGAUGACUUUAUCUUACUGGGGUUCUCUGAUCGCCCCUGGCUGGAGACACCAUUCUUUGUCAUCUUUCUGGUGGCUUACAUCUUUGCCCUACUUGGAAAUAUCUCCAUUAUCCUGGUUUCCCACCUGGAUCCCCAGCUUGACAGUCCCAUGUACUUUUUUGUCUCUAAUCUAUCCCUUCUGGAUCUCUGCUAUACCAGCAGCACUGUCCCACAGAUGCUAGUCAACCUUCGGGGACCAGAAAAGACCAUUAGCUAUGGUGGUUGUGUUUCCCAACUCUACAUUUUCUUGGCCUUGGGUUCUACUGAAUGUAUACUUCUAGCCAUCAUGGCCUUUGACCGUUAUGCUGCUAUUUGCAAGCCCCUUCACUACCCAGUCAUCAUGAACCAGAGACGCUGUAUCCACAUGGCCACUGGGACCUGGAUUAGCGGCUUUGCUAACUCCCUUGUGCAGUCCACUUUCACAGUGUUGACCCCACGAUGUGGACAGAGGGUGAUAGACCAUUUCUUCUGUGAAGUUCCUGCUCUUUUGAAAUUAGCUUGUACUGAUACUCAUGUGAAUGAGGCAGAGCUCAAUGUGCUAGGGGCUUUGCUACUUCUGGUGCCCCUCACCCUCAUCCUGGGCACUUAUGUGUUCAUUGCUCGGGCAGUCAUGAGAAUCCGCUCUGCUGAAAGUCGCUGGAAAGCCUUUAAUACCUGUGGUUCCCAUUUGCUGGUGGUGUCCCUCUUCUACUUUACAGCCAUCAGUAUGUACGUCCAGCCUCCCUCUAGCUAUUCCCAUGACAGGGGGAAGAUCAUGGCUCUCUUCUAUGGAAUUGUCACACCUACACUCAAUCCAUUUAUCUACACACUGAGGAACAAGGAUGUGAAAGCUGCCCUUAGAAGGGCACUGACUAAGGAAUUUUGGGUCAGGACAAGAUGA